AUGCCUUUGUAUCGAAGGAAACUAUUUGUACUGACUUUUUACUUGGGAUUGACAGUGAUUGUAGGAUUCGCACAAUUGUCAGACGAAGUUUUCAGGUAUGUCUUUUCGCCAUUAAGUUUGUUGACAUGCUUCAUAGCACUAGGGAUUAUCACUUCAGACUACUUGACGCCAAAUUUGACGGUUAUAUCUCAGGAGUUGUUGUUCAUAUCUGACAGGAUUUCUGGGAUGACUCUUCUAGCCUUGGGAAAUGCUAUACCUGAUAUCACUAGUACAUACAAGGCCAUGAAAAGGGGCACAACCACACUUGCGAUUGGUGAGUCUUUAGGUGCCAUUUUCUUUCUAUUGACAGUUGUCAUUGGCUCGAUGUUGUUGGUACGAAAUAUUAAGCUAUCAACACCGCCUGAAAGUAUGCCUUUAAAUUUUGGGACCGAACCGGACGGUCUUGACAUUUGGGAUACAAUCUAUUACAAUCGCCGACAGUUUCUAAGGGAUUUAUUCAUGUUCGUGUUCCUAAUACUGAUGAACAUCUUUCUUCUACGGGAUGGGAAACUAGCAUUUUGGGAAUGCUUUCUGAUGUGUGUGGCUUACUGCGUAUAUGCCACAUACUUGAUAAUUUCAACAAGGCACUCAGAUGCAUCGAAUCUUGAUGAGAAUAUUGAACCACUUGUUAUAACAGAUCAUACAAUACAUGAAGAUACAAAUAUGGAACGGUUUUUGAGAACUGUACAGGAUCGCAGAAAAGAGAUUAGAAAGAAGAUUAGAAAAUAUUUACGGAAAAACUAUACUGGGUGGGCCAAUUUGAAACUCAAUGACACUCUUGACCUAUGGGAGAAAGGCACCAUUUUCAACCAUGAGGUUGAUGAAGCUAUUAGUAAUGUUGGAUCACCGAAUACUAGACCAAUGCCCCGUUCCAACUCAGAAACGAAUUUCCAGCAUCUUCAAAAUAUUCCUAAUAUUUCGUUGAACGAAACCAGCCCGCAGGACCCUAGUGAAACAAAAUCAAGUACCUCCCUAUUCAGUCCACAGGCGCAACAUUUAUAUCAUAAAUCAGACCUUGAAUUGAAUUCCCCAAUUAGUGAUGAGAGCCUUUUGAGACCAAAGGACCGGAUGGAGACACUAAGAUCAGCCAGUGCAGAUAAUAUACGCUUGAUGACGGAACAAUCAAGUAUGUUGGAUGACAUGUCUGCAUUGAACUUACAACUUGAUAACGGAAUUUCAGCAGAACCAGAGGAUCAGUGGGAGUCCAAGUUAAGGGUGUUCAGAUAUCUAACUGAUCCAAAUUUUGCGACUUCGAAUUUCGAACUAGCAAUAAUUCUCAUCACCACACCAAUUGUUUUCUUUCUGACUCUUAUAAUACCCCUUCACUAUUCGUCAAUGUCAGGGAGUAACUUUUUCAAAGCUGCGUACUAUUGUCAGUGUGCAUUCUCCCCGUUCUUGACUCUUCUGUUGGUACAACGUGAAUUUAACAUUUGGUUAUUUACUCUUGGCUUAAUUGUAUCCUGUAUUUUACUUUUGAUGUUCUUCAAAUGGAAACUAACGGUCAAGGAAAAAUAUAUCUCUUUAUUUGGAUUUGUUCUUUCAAUUUCUUCCAUAUCAUUUGUUGUUGGGUUGGUGCUUGACAUUUUAACGAAUUGGGCGGAGACGUUCAAUCUCUCAGAAGCUAUACUUGGUUUGACAGUUUUUGCGUGGGGAAAUUCUAUUGGUGAUUUGGUCUCUAAUGUCACAUUCACCAGAAUUGGAGUAUUGGAGAUUGCAUUGGGUUCCUGUUUUGGUAGCCCUCUACUAUAUUUCCUAUUUGGUGUUGGUGUAGAUGGCAUGCUCGUCCUUCUUCAGAGGGAAUACCCUGAAGGUACAGCAAUAUGGAGUAGGCACAUAGAUUUCGAUGUUAAUCGUGGACUAGUCUUCAAUUGUAUCGGCAUAGUCAUAGCGUUUGGCAUAUUUAUUUUUGUGGUCCCCCUAAAUAAUUGGAAGUUAGACAAGAGAGUUGGCUGUUUACUCUUAUUCCUAUAUGGAAUUAUCACUACUAUAAACGUCUAUUUUGAAUUGAAUAAGUGA